AUGACUUCGGUUCAAGAAUGGAUAAAACGUCUUUUUCCGUAUAAAUCAAUCUUCUAUCGUUUAGCNCCCAAUCCCAACCAAUUCCGUUCGAUUCUAAUCCCAAUUCCAACCAAUUCCAUUCGAUUCCAAUUCCAAUUCCGACCGAUUCCAUUCGAUUCCGAUUCCAAUUCCAACCAAUCCCAUUCGAUUCCGAUUCCAAUUCCAACCAAUCCCAUUCGAUUCCGAUUCUAG